UUGAGCCUCUAGCAAGCAGCCGACACAGAAAGGCAGAAAAAGGAGUAAAAUAGAGCAACCUAACGUGACGAAACAGGGCUAUGUCCGCUAGAACCAAGUUUAUUUGAAACAACGAAGGCUGGACACGGUGGAACGACCUGGGGACAGUGAAGGAGACGAGGGAACAGCCAUCCAAGUGCCUCGGAUACCCGGACCUACAAGUCAUCUUUUUUGACCGGAGUAGGAAGGAAGAGUCGAGUCGCCGACAGGAAAACACAUUCAGAGUGAAACCAUGAAUCCUGAAUAUGACUAUUUGUUCAAGCUCCUGCUCAUUGGAGACUCUGGAGUAGGAAAGUCCUGUCUUCUGCUGCGCUUUGCUGAUGACACCUACACAGAGAGCUACAUCAGCACCAUCGGUGUGGACUUUAAGAUCCGCACCAUUGAGCUGGAUGGCAAGACCAUCAAACUACAGAUUUGGGACACUGCAGGUCAGGAAAGGUUUCGUACCAUCACUUCCAGCUACUACCGCGGAGCCCACGGCAUCAUAGUUGUAUACGACGUGACAGAUCAGGAGUCCUAUAACAACGUCAAGCAGUGGCUUCAGGAGAUUGACCGCUACGCCAGUGAAAAUGUUAACAAGCUUCUGGUGGGCAACAAGUGUGAUCUGACCACUAAGAAAGUAGUGGACUACACAACAGCCAAGGAGUUUGCUGACUCUUUGGCCAUCCCCUUCCUGGAGACAAGCGCGAAGAAUGCCACCAAUGUAGAGCAGGCUUUCAUGACCAUGGCCGCAGAAAUCAAGAAGCGCAUGGGCCCCGGGGCCACAGCCAGUGGAGACAAGCCCAACUUAAAAAUUGAGAGUACCCCUGUCAGGCAGUCUGGAGGGGGCUGCUGUUAAAGGAACCAUUGCCCGUCACCAUCCUGACCAUCACCUCCACCAUCUCCACUUUUUUCUCUCUUUGUGCAUCCUCCCAUUAUCUCUGCCACUCCCACACCCCACCAUUCCUCCAUAACACCCAGUCAUUCACACCCCCUGACUAACCCUCUAUCGGCCUGCCUGGAGAUCAAGGGAUGGUUGGCCAAAACAGAGGAGCAACCUUUAAGAAUGUUAAGAUCAGGAAUUUGCCAGGGUUAAAUCAUGCCUGCACAUCCACCAAACAACAGAGAGAAUCUGUGAGGGAGGGACAGAAACGGACACACCCUUGUACUUCUAUCCUUGUGAGGACAUAAUCCUAUCCUUAACUUCACAACGGAAUGUUUAACCCUUACCCUUAUGCUGACCCAACCCAAAACCAAGUCUUAACCCUAAAACAGCCCUUUGAAGUUCUGUCUGAAAGUGCGGAAGGGCCAAAAUGUCCUCAUUUUCCCAAAAAAUCCUCACUCCUUCGGUCUAAAACUCAAAUUGUUUCUCACAAAGAUAGCUGUACAAGUGUACACACACACACACACACACACACACACACUCACACUGUAGCAGGGUGGCAGCAGUUAAAGAGAUUCAAGCCUUUUGGCUAAACACCUCCUCAGGCUGUCUCUUUGCUGAUCUCAUCUUACAGCAACCCCACAACAUAUUUACCUGCACAAACAAACACACACACACACACACACACACACACACACACAUAAACAUACACAUAUGUGCAGUAUACUUGACUCACACACUGUAGAUGCUCGGUACACAGUAGGAUGUGUUCCUGAAUAGCUGCAGCCUUCUAAUAGUGACUCAUCAUUGCCAGUUAUUGAUGAAGAUCCAGGGAAAGCCCCUUCAGUGAGCCUCUACCUCCAUCUGCGCUCUUCCCAGCUUCCAUUCUCACUCCUAAGGUGUGUUCAGACAGAAUGCAUUAUGUCACUCUCGUGAAUUAGACCCCAAACAGCCAAUGUACCAGCUGUAGUGACGCUUCCUGUAAGCUAGCUAGAAGUGGACACACUGACUGUGUGUACAUGUGCGUGUGUGUGUGAGACUCAGCCUGUGACUGAAUUCAGAACUCAGCAGGAACUUCCUUUUUUUCUUAUUUCCCUCCAGUUUCUGGAUGUUUGUGAAGUAGAUUCUUAAGGCUCUGGGAUAAGCCUGAAGUUUUUGCUCACGUUGAAACAUUUUCAACUCCCAGAGAGUGUCUUUGCCUCAGUGUGUGCCACCUCAGAUGCAUUUGCAUCUAUUCAUGACUACUCAAGUCUUUCCAUUGACUUUGAAUGCAAUUGCGCCAGCUCUGAAGCUCACCUCAGGUUCUAUCUGAACACACCUUUAUGUUCUCAAUAUGGUUCAAACAUACCUGGAGGUGCUGUAUACAGAUUAGUCAUGUAGUUGUGUGAAGAAUGAGAAAUGACAGCUUGCUUUCCCAGCCCAUUUCACACAUGAUGAAGCAUGCCGGAGCCUUUCAUGCCUAGUCACAUCAGAAAUUAGCAAAGCACAGUUUAUUUCGCAUCCUCGCAAAAACAAGCUAGGUAGCAUAGUGAUGACUUUUGGGGCUGGUUAGCACGAUACAUGGGCUGAUGGGCCAACAUCUAAGCAGUCACAGUUAUCAUUUUUCUCAUGAGAUGACCACCAUUGUACUGUCGGCUUCUGGAUGGUACAACACAAUUAAUAUGAUAUGAUCUAUUUUGGACUCUUUGGUCUCCUCAAACAUCAGAAAUCCUGAGAUAGCAUGUGAUUGGUCAAUGAUGCGAUUUCACAUGUCAAAAAAAUUCACCAAAGUUGAACAGUGGAAAAGCUUUGCGCAGAUUUGAUUUUCUGCAAUUCCAUUGAAAUACACUGGCUUUGGCUCAAAAUGUUGCUGUUAUAUAUGCUGGUGUGUCCAGGCCCAUUGUCUGAACCGAUAAUGAGAUCACAUACUGGGGAAAGAGCUACAUGCAAAGACAGGUUGUAGUUAAUUUUGACGGAAGCAUUGACCAAGGGAUUCCUAAACCAAACUCUGUGCUCAACACUUGAGGUAGAAGAGUACCGCUGGCGGGUCGGUUGAUUACACAUGUAGACAUCCGAGCUGGGAUGGAGGUGGUGGCAGUGAGAACUGCAAUAUAUUUUUUUUUUUUUUUUUUUUAGUCUUCAGUCUUCGAAGGAAUAAUUUCAUAUGUAAAAGAAAGAAAUGUGAUAAAAUGCUGUAACAUUUAGCAGGGUGACUUCCUGGAAUGACACUAAAUAUUACAGUUCAAGAGCAGAUAACACUGCACACAGAUGACGAGGCGUGAAAACAUGACAGGAGUUGACUCAGACAAACAGAAGCCAUUGGCAAUAUUCUGCAUUGAUCUUACGAUUACUGUUUUGUUAUUGUUGUAAAUUCAUUGUUUUUAUUUUCUCAUCGAUACUCCUGAUAAAGGCUCUUGUACAACUAGCUUAAACUCUCUUGUUCAGUACGUCACAGGUAGGUUUUAGGAUGUGUUUUAAUUCUGGCUUGUUUGCAGAUGAAGCUGACGUAGAGAUGUGGUGUGGGUGUGUCUGUGGGCUGAGGGGGUGGAGUCUUACAAAAGCUGCUGUUCCUUCCCUGACAUCAUCCUGUUUGUGUGUGACACAUGAUUCACAUCCAUCUUUUAUGUCCAUGUGUGUUUCUGGUUCCUUAUCAGAUGCUUUAAUGCUCCAGUUUGUGCCACCUGUGUGAUCCAUUUUACAUUAGAGUCCUUUCUGAGAGCUUGCCGAGCUUUCUGCAUUGUUGAAGACAUGUCCAUAAUCCUGUGGACAUGGACUCUGAGAGAUUGAUCCCCAAUCCUUUGAAAAAUUUGAGAUGCUUCUUAAGAAAACCUGUUCAUCUGUGAUUAAUGAUCUGUCACAGCUUGUGUUGGAGCGUGAAAUUUCACUUCUGACCUCAAAAUAAUCUUAACUCAAGGUCCAUUUCCAGAGCUUUCACUGUCGUUAUCAGUGGAAGCUCUGAGAAAAGGCUAGUAAAUGGACCUUGAGUUAAGAUUAUUUUGUCAUAGUCAGUGUAUUUAUUGUGUGGUUUAUGUCACUAAAGUGAAUCUUAUCAUUGCCUACAUCUCAAAUGUAAAACAAUGUCAUGUAGGGCUGGGUAUCAUUUCAGUUGUAUCAGUAUUGUAUUUUGCCAGUACUGCUAAUGCAAUACUGUAGUUUUGGUACAGAUCCUGUGGAGGAAACCUUCUACUAAGUGGUUAACAUGUUUUUGUCAACCUAGUGAAAAUUAUAAAAGGAGAGAAUGAAUUGAUGGAAACUUCCGGUCUGUGCCAAAAUGCACUGAGGUUUCAUACUUAGCCCUGAUUACUGAAGAGGAACAAACUGGAGCUCAAAGUUUCCCCUCAUUGCUGUACGAGACAUUUAUAUAAACAGGUUUGAUGAUCUCUCUGGUUCAGACUUAGGCUGCCCGUCCUGACUGCCAAUGGUUGGCAUAGUAACAGUGAAAUCAGAGACAGGUAUGAGGCUGUUGACAUGCCUCGAGCUCUGAGCGGCUCUCGGCUUCUCAGAACUGUGUUAGGUCUCAGCAGUAUUUCCAGGGAAACUACAAGGAAUGUGAGGAGAAGAGCAUCCUCCUGCCGUUUUACAGGGGCCUCUACAAUGAAGGAAACAAUCUGUGAGGCCUCGUCAAGCUGAACUACAACUUUUUACCUUGUUUUCCAAAGAAUUUAAACAUUUGGUGACAUAUACAUCUAGUCACACUUUAAAGGAUGAACAUACUGCACUAGAUUUGCAUUAGGGCCUUUUAAGAACUCACUCUUUUAUUUGUUUUAGUUUUCUGUGGUCUUGUCAGGUUCAUCACUUGUGUUUGGGGCGUCUGGAGGCUCAGGGACUGACUGGUCUUGGUUUGUUGACCGGAUAUGAAUUCCCAACUCUCCCCUCCAGCUAACCAUGUUGCUGCAGCUUGAUGAAUUCCUCAAGAUCCUCCCUGACUGGCCCCUCCACUCAGAUAAGAGAAUCUCACCCAGUCUUUGGUUGCUUGUCAGCAUUUCAGGUACCACACCGCCUCAGAGUCUGGUGAGGCGUCACAAAGAGCAUGCAGCUGCAAAAGUGCGUUUUCAGCUGCUGAGAAGUGAAUACAGAUGAGUCCACAUUAUGUUCAGAACAACAGCCUUACAUUUGGGAAGUGCCGUCACUGAAAACUUCAGCUCUGGAGGGAUCAGAGUGAAGCACAGCUGUGACGUUGGCUACUUCUGAUCAUGUUGCCAUCUCUUGGAGGUGUGUGAGUGUGUGUCUGUGUGGUGGCAUCAUUUUACACUGAUGUAUUUUUAGGCUUGUGUUUUUCAGCCCUGUUGAGCUAAACUGGAAUGCUGUAGUUUGGUGUGCGGGACUGGAAUCUGACAGGGAGGGAAGGAAACGGCUGUGUGUGUGUAUAGAGUGGGGCGGGGUCGUGUGGAACAUUCCUGAGCAUUUUGGACAUAUGUUGACAUCCCGGCAUCACGCCAGUCUCACUUGAGUAGAUGCAGAACAAGCAAUCAUUUAAAACUUCAACACUCAAGUCACACACACACACGUAUAUGGAUGUUUUGCAGUUUGAUGACUGAUCCUUUUUUAAAUCUUUCUUUCAAUAAGUCUUGAUGUUCUACUGAUUUUAAUGUAUUCAUUGAAUACCAUACUGUGUUGUCUAGUCCAUGGAAGUAUGAGGGGACAGUGGGUAGGGUUGGGACUCUGAUGUUAAACAGAUGCAGGGUGGGGCUUUUGCUUAUGAAUGUGAUUCUAAUGAAACAACACUUGACUUUUCUUCUUUAGUUCACUUUUGUAUUCAUUUGGGUUGAAGGAGUUAUUUUCCAUGUCAUUUGCACACGUGUUCAUUGCUGUUCAAUGGCUUAAUAAAGGCACUCACUAGGUGUUGUUUGUUAAUAAAAACCACCAGGCAGGAGCUCGCCUGUCAGUCACCUUCUGUCUUUUUUCUGUUUGGUUUGUUCACUUUGGUGCUGUCUCCCUGCUGAGUUUGAUCAUGUUUUUUUUCUGUACAUAUUAUAAAUAUAUAUAUAAUAAAACGAUGAAAACGA